AGCAAUUUUCGCAGUUCUAAGGAACCCCUCGAGCUUGAAACACCAAACCGUAAAAUUUGCUCCUCGGCAAGGAUUUUCAGUUAAAGUGAUUAAAUUAGGAACAUAUCCAACUCUGACAAGUGACAGAACUAACGUGAAUCAUCCACCAACAUGGAUGAUCGUACAAUUGAUACGAUUUUCGCGGGUUCGCUGGAAAACUUACCUCCAGUAAGCUCCAAAAUCGUUCGCAUUUUCACAAGCUCGACGUUCACAGAUACAACCAUGGAAAGAAACAACUUGAUGGCUAAAUGUUACCCAAGGAUCAAGGAUUACUGUCGAGAGAAACAUGGUUUGGAAUUCCAGGUUGUCGACAUGAGAUGGGGCGUAAGGGAUGAAGCCACUGAUGAUCAUAUGACCACUGAACUGUGCAUGCGGGAAAUCAAAAACUGUCAGCGACUCUCGAUGGGUCCGAACUUUGUCGUUUUCCUCGGUCAAAAGUAUGGAUAUCGUCCAAUACCUACCUACAUUCUAUCUUCGGAGCUCCAGUUGAUCAGGGAUGAUCUUGCGGCUAUGGGUAUCGAUGUUUCACUGUUGGACUUGUGGUACAAGAAAGAUAGCAAUGCAGUGCCUCCGAUAUCAAUUCUUCAACCCAUCUCUUCGAUCCUGACCAACUUUAACAAUAAGCGUGUUCCGAAACUACAAGCGGAAGAUCAAGCAGUUUGGUGGGAUACCAUGACGAAAAUGCAAAAACUAUUUCGUAAAGGAGCGGCUUCUCUGUUUUCUCAAGGCAAACUCGACAAAGAUCAAACUCACAACUAUUUCAUGUCUGUUACUGAGAGGGAGGUUAUUAACGGUGUUCUAAAUGUGAAAAACACCAAGAAUCAUUGUUUGGCAUACAUUCGUUACAUCAACAAUAUCAAUCUGCAAAAUCUGAAGAAGGCAUCUCUGUAUGUGGACAUACUAAAUCGUAGCUUGGACACAGAAGCCUGCAAGCUACUGGCUGAUCUCAGAGAUGUUCGCGUACCGAACCGAAUCGAGGCAUCCAAUAUUCAAAAGUACACCAUCGAGUGGAUCGGUCGCGAAGGAUUGGAUGUCGAAACCCACGAAGAGUAUCUGAAUCAUUUCAUUACACAUUUCUACAAAAAUAUUGUUAAACUUGUAGAUCGUGCCAUGCGCAAAGAAGACUCCAGUGCCCAGGGUCAGAUUGUCACUGAGAUACUGCAACAUUUGCAUGCAUGCAAUAAUUCGGUCAAAGUGUUCUAUGGCCGUGAGGAACAACUGAAGCGGAUUGAGAGUUACAUGCUAGGGACCUGUGACAAGCCUUUGGUGCUAUAUGGCGAGGGAGGUUGCGGCAAAACAUCACUGUUGGCCAAAAGCGCAGCCUUAACAUUCACAGAAUGGUUUGCUGACGUUAGGCCAAUCAGUAUUAUACGUUUUCUCGGAACAACUCCAGAUUCCAGUGCCCUGACGCCUACUUUGAUUUCAAUCUGCCAACAGAUAUCGUACAACUUUAUGUUACCUUUUGAUCAAAUACCAGACGAUUUGGUUCCUCUAACAGCGCAUUUCAAGCAACUUUUGACCUACGCUAAUAAACAACAGCCCUUGCUUCUGUUUCUUGAUUCAGUUGAUCAACUGACUGGAACUCAAGAUUCUAGCAAAGUUUCUUGGCUACCAACUCGAUUACCACCACAUUGCCGGAUUAUUGUUACAUGCGCCGCAGAAGAAUCGAACCCUGUAGUGUCCCAGGAGUACCAUUUAUUGCGCCGAAUGAUCGACAUUGAGGACAACUUCAUCGAAGUCACGGCUCUGGGCGAAGAUCUUGCAAUGAACGUGAUCAAGAUGUGGAUGGCAACUGCUUGUCGGGAUCUCUCCAAUUAUCAGUGGCGCCUAGUAGCAAACGCGAUCGGCAAAUGCUCUCUACCGAUUUUCGUCAAACUUGUGUUUGCCGAGAUCUGUCGUUGGAGAAGCUACACACGGCCACAGGAUACCCAUCUGGCUUCGACCGUCAUGGAUAGUAUUAUGAUGCUUUUUGAGCGUAUUGAAAAGCAGCACGGACGAAUCUUAGUAUUCCACGCACUGGCUUACAUCACUGCGGCAAAGUCAGGCCUUUCGGAAAGUGAGCUGGAAGAUCUGAUCUCACUGGAUGAUCGCGUACUGGAUGAUGUCUAUCAGUACCAUUUGCCCCCAGUUCGGCGUAUUCCUCCUUUGUUGUGGACGCGAAUCCGUAAUGACCUGCCCAACUAUCUCAGUGAACGGGAAGCAGAUGGAGUUAACGUAAUGAACUGGUACCAUAGGCAAUUCAGAGACACCGCUAAAGAACGAUACUUUAAGAACAUGAAUAUGGCAAUCUAUUUUCACUCAAUGAUCGCCGAUUAUUAUCUUGGAAUCUGGGGUGGAAAACCUAAACCUUUCAAAUACACCGAAAUUCAAAGGCAUCGUUUCGGUCUAACAGAUAAAGAAGGCAUUGCUGAUAGGAAGGUUCCCGUUCAACCGUUAGUCUUCACCAAUAAGGAAGGCAAAGUUACUCGAUAUAAUCUACGAAAGUUUGGGGAAUUGCCAUUCCAUUUGGUGCGCUCAAGACGAUUCACUGAUCUGUACGAAAACGUGCUGUUCAACUACGACUGGUUACACGCAAAGUUGUCCAGUUGUCCCUUGCAGGCCGUGUUGGCCGAUUUCGAAGAUGCUUCGGUGAAUAUUGACGAUAAAGAUGCCAAGCGUGAGCUUAUGUUAGUUGCCGAUGCCCUUCGGCUAGGCGGUGCUAUUCUCGGUGUCUAUCCAAACAUGCUGGCGGCGCAGUUGAUCGGUCGUUUGCUGCCCGAAAUUGGCGGAAAUCCCAACAUUAAGAUGUUGCUUGAAGCUUGUGAUAAAUCCGGUCCUAAAGACUCCGCCCUCAUCCCAUUGAACCACUGUCUCCACACGCCGGGUGGCCCAUUAAAGUACUCACUGGAAGGACAUCAGUUUGCGGUGUUUGGGUUCUGUCUUACCAGCGAUUAUCGCUACAUGGUGUCAAUUUCGACGCGAUUCAUCACUUGGGAUUUGUCCACUUCCGAUCUAACGCGUGAUGUCAAUCCAGGCAUGGAAGGGAUUAUGCAGCAGUUGGUUCUCAGUCCGGACAACAAGUGGGCCGCCGCUUACACUAACAACAGUCAAAGUGUAUUGCUCAACAUGCUUUCCAGUGAGUUUUCCAUCAUAGAAAACCCUUUCGAAGAAGACGAAACCAUUACGGGGCUCUACUUGCUGAACAAAAACCUUUUCCUGCACACAAAACUGCGCUACGCUUAUUACGAUAUGCGAGGAACCCUGAUUGAAAAACAGAAUCUCGAGGAUGUUACAGAUGACUGGGAACUGCUGUUUAUGGAGUUCGUAUCCUUCACUGACUUCUUCGCAAUACUUUGGUCCGGAGCGAUAAACGACACCAGGCUCAUGUUGUACACCAGCAAGGAGGAGUUUAAAAUUCCUAUGGUCAAAAUGCACAGUGUUGUCACAAUGAAGAAAGAUAGGAAGACAAUGUACUGUUGCCAUCAGGAAAAUCUUUAUCAGGUGAGCGAAUUCCAAUACGAGGAAAACGAGGAGGAUAAAACUGCUGAAUGGAAACAUGUGCGAGAUUUGCCACGUUAUGAGAAUGAUGUCAAGGAAAUGGCUCUUCAGCUCAAGAUGGAUCAAAACGAUCGAUUCCUGUUGGCCAGCACCGCUAACGGCUUCGUCGUUUGGGAUUUCGACCAGGAAGAUCCCAUCUCUGAGGAAGCCAUAUAUCUUGCAUUACCCCAUGGCGUACGCAACAUUUCCACGAAGAUGACCCAAUCGAACUCCGUGAUGAUCAGUUCCAAAGUCGAUUACGCGGUAGCCGGCGUGCGGAAAAGCCUCUACGUUUGGUGUGUGAAAUCGAAACAACUGAUGAAAGUCUUGGAUGCGCAUUUCGGAAGAAUCAUGCAGCUUGAGGCACUAACUAUCGGCACAUGGAACAGUGUGAUUACAUCCAGCAUCGAUCGUUCAGUGAAAAUAUGGAACAUCAACAACAUUUUUGAGCAGGUUCACGUGAUUGACCGGCAUGAGCUGCAAAUUGAUGGCAUAAGCCUUUCAGAGAACGGUGAGCUGGCCGUAACCGUAACGCGAUGCUGCGUAGGAGUCUGGGAGAUAAGAACUGGUCGAUUGCUGGCGAAGCUGGCGGACAGUCCACUGGGAGCUAUUGUAACGCAUGCCGAAAUCACACCGGACGGGCGAUAUAUCAUAUCAUCGGAGACAGGGAAAAUACUUAUCUGGAACAGGGUUACCGAACAGGUGCUUUCGCGGGACUCUCAACCGGGCAUACAACAGUUGAACUUUCUGGAGAACGGAGAGAAAUUUUUAGCCGUUUCCUGUCCCAAUGCUACGAACGCAUCGGCUUCCACUGCUGGAGGCGAUGUGCAGCAGCUGAUGGCCCACGUCAAAGUUCGCAGUAUUCCGGAUGGACAAACGAUCUUCAAUUUCGAAUAUCCUGUUCGAUUGGUUCCAGGAUUACCAUUCCGAUGUGCUGUUGUGACGGCUGAUGGUCAGCAUAUAGUUUGUGCUUCUAUUGAUAAGAACAAUAAGGACUCAGUUUGGGUAUACAGUGCAAUUAACGGAACCCAUGAGCAUAAGAUUUCUUUGAAAGGAUGCAAUAUUAAGGAAGUCGCCUCGUUACUUCCCCUUCCACAUAAACCCACACAAGUGGCGGUAAUAACUAAUGAAAAGGGAAGUAUUAUGGACAUUAAAACCAGAAAACAUGUUCGUUCUAUCCCGAAGUGGGGCGGCACAAGCACAAAAGAUGGAAAAUUUGGUCUUUAUGCUCCAUCUAGAGGAGGCUUAGAACUAUUAGAACUCAAGAAAGGUUCUACGGUGAAGACCUUCAUCCCAAAAGUUGCUGAAGGAGUAUUCACAGUAAUUUGUAUGUUUACGGAUACGGAUGAGUAUGUUCUGUACUACCAUAGCGGUAGGAAAACCUUGAGAGUAUUCCGUACCAGCGAUACUGAAAUGAUCGCCAACUAUCGUAUGCAAGCCGAACUCACGGCCAUCAAAAGCACUUCGGAUGGUAAAAGUCUAGUUCUGGGUACAGUUGAUGGUUGUAUUUCUGUGUUGGCCAUAGCUGACCAAGAAAAGCCCGAAAUGCAAGAUUUCCUCAAGCAGCUACCUUCACGUGAUGCAAAUUGGAAAAAGAAACUUGCAAAACAGAAGGCAUCUGCCAGGUUCAAAGCCGCGAUGAGAUUGGCAUCUAUCUCAACUCGAUUCGGAACACCGGUAGAUGAAGAUGAGGAUGAUGAUGAUAAAGAUAAUGAUGAUUAAUUUAUGAAAGAUCUUUUAUAUGUUAUAAUGUGCUCCAAGUUCCGUUACCAUAAAUUGUAUUUAAAUAAAUGUAUGUUAUUGAAAUGUA